AUGCCUCAACCAAACACCACCGGGCCCCCGGCCUCGGACACCGAGUUCCGCAAGACAUGGGACCGCGAGGAGUACGCCAAGAAGGCCGCAGACCAAGAAGCGAAGCGCAAAGCCGAAGGCAAAGCCCGAUACGAAGCGAAGCUCCUGGGCAAGAAAUACCAUGCGCCAGUCGACUUCUCCUCUCUCGAGGAGACCAAGGCCCGUGACAAGCGACUAGACGUCGCGUCGAUGGUGGGAAAGACAACGAUCGUUCCAGCUGGAGCCUCGAUGGGCAAACGAGGCCCUGGAGCUGGAUUCUACUGCAAGGACUGUGACCUUACCUUCAAGGACAAUAUUCAGCUGGUCGAGCACUACAACAGCAAACAGCAUUUGAUUGCGACUGGUCAAAGCGGCGAGGUGAAACGUGCUAGUGUGGAGGAUGUGCGGAUGCGUCUGCGGAUGCUGUCGCAUAGGAAGCGGGUGAGGGAGGAUGAGGAACGGCGAGCGUGGCAGCUUGAUCUCGGGGAGAGAUUGCGGGAGCGAGAGGAGAUUGAUGCGAAGGAGAGGGAGGAAAAGAGACGCAAGCGGAAUGAGAAGCGCCGGAAGGGCAAGGAUGAUGUCAAGCAGGAGGACAGCUGGGAAGGGAGACUGGGAAUCAUUGCGUGA